UCAACUUGAAUAAACUUUCUGUUCAUAUACUUAGCAAGAGAAGCAAUAAAGCUCGGUCUAUUUUUGAGAAUUUAGGCGAACAAAAAAAUGAAAUCAAAUACUGCAAUAGAAGUUUUUUUCAUAUUGCUGGCGUUUUAUGGAAGAUCUAAUCUUUGUAUUCUUGCAGCUACAGAACAAACUCAUGACACGUUCUCAUUUCUGUGCCAAGAUCAAAUGGUUAAAAUUGACUCGAACAUAUACCAUUUGGAUCGAUUGAAUUCAUCGCUGAAAUCGGAAUAUUUUGAGAAAUUAUUCACCUCCAAAGAUUUUAAACGGAAAAAUGAUCCAAUUGAGGUACAGCCCCUCAGUAGUGAAGUAUUUCCUACAAUACUUGAAAUAAUUCACGGAAAAGAAGUACAGGAUGUUUUAAACAAGGAUAACUAUCUUUCAUUAUUGAAGGAAUUAAAUCAUUUCGGCAUGAAAAUAGAUCUGCAGAUUUUCAGUAGCUUAAUCGACUGUGAUUUAGAAUCCUGUUCGCCGCAGGAGGCGAAAAUAUUUGAAUUGUACGCUUUCAUUAUUCAGAAUAGCCAGUUCGAGUAUUUAUUGAACAGUGUUUUGAAAUACUUGUCGAAUCACUUGGACGCCCUACAAAAUCACGAAAUACUUUCGUCUAACGUGCCGCUUGAUCACCUUGUUCAAUUAAUCAAGAACCUUAAACAUGCGGAUGAAAAAGCAAGGUAUCGCGUUGUUCAAAUUUGUUCAGAAUGGCUCUGUCACGAUAUGAAAAAUAGACUUCCACACAUGGCAAAAUUAGUGAAAAAGACUAAAUUAUUACACCGUGAUUCAGAAGAAAUGUAUUCAGAUUUCAGCAAAUGUUUACCUUCAUGCGAUGUAGAUAAGGAGACUAGACAUAAAGUGAUUUCGACAUGUUUUUUUGCACAGGUGGCCAAUGGUGGAAAACUUCACCUACUUCACCCAACAACACUCGACUGUAACUACGACAGUUAUGGGGGAUAUUCUCCAGAAGAUUCAAAUGAUGAAAGUGAAACUGAAACUAUGAUACACGAGAGGUAUGUAAACGAUCGAAACGAUUCUGUCAAGUUGAACAAAUUCCGAAAGAAUGGAGAUUUGUACGACAUCACAGUUCGAGUUGGAGAAAAAACAUAUAAACUUCAUCGGCGUAUUUUAGAAUCAAAAUCCGGCUAUUUUAGAGACAUUUUCCGAUCAGAGUAUUCUGACGCAAUCGCUCAAUGUGACGGAACUCCAAAGAAUUGUCCAAGUAUAGAUAAGGAGUAUUUACUCAGUGAUGAAAUCAAUCCAUCAACGUUUGAAGACGUGAUAAGUUCUCUAUAUGGGUAUGAGAAUCUUAUUGCAAUAUUUCAAAGAUUUCUAUACAAAUGGGAUAAAAUUGCAAAAUUUUUAAAAAUCGCCCAUUCUUUAAGACUCGACGAAUUAUUAAAAGAUUGUAUACGCAAUUUGAAAAAGGAGCACCGCAGAGCCAGUUCGCAAGAUGUUGAAAAGAUUUUGAAUUUUGCACAUGAAAAGUCAGAAUAUGAAAAUUUGUUCGUUAUUCAUUUUAGCAAACAUUUGGCAGAAAACUGGCCUAAUAUCCGCAACAAGUCGCAAUUUUGUUCCAUUUCAUUGCCUGUACUGAAGAAAAUUCUGAAUUCGUCGCAUUUUCGAUUCGACGAUCCGCAUAAAAUCUUGGACAUAUGUUCGAAAUGGACGUGUCAUGAUGUGAAGGGUCGGUACCAAUUUUUACCUCAAAUCGCUCGAGUUAUAAAUCCACUUUGUGUUGUAAAAGAUGACGAAUAUACCACUGAUGACUCGGUUAGAGAUUUGAACACAUCGCCGGAGAAGUUUGUUCGAGACGAAUUAUGGAAAAUUCUAUCGUCACUUUCUUACACUUUUUAUUCGGAUAAAUACUACAAAAAUGCAUCGAGGAAACCGGAGGAAAUGCCUGUGUUUAUCUCACUAACAGGGGGAGAAAUAAAUAUUCUUAAUAUCGAUCUCGAUGUGAUCGCGUCAAUUAACGAUUCUAAACCCAUGUACUCAUUAUGGGAAAAAUCAACAGGAUGGUAUGACCCAGCUUUGGCAACUCUUAUUCACGAUAAUUUAUUUAUUCUUUCCAACUGUGGUGAUCCAUUUAAAUUUCUGGUUUACAAUUUUUAUCUGAAAACAUUCAUUCAGCUGCGCUGCGAUCUUCCUAGAUUUUCGAACUUUUUAUUUCAGUAUCAUUACUACACCCUCUUGAAUUGCAAUAACGAGAUUUAUAGUUGUUCAAUUGAUGGUCGAAUAGCAAAAUAUUCAAUGCAAUUUGACCUCUGGACGACACUCAUACAGCACGAUCCGCAGUCAUACAAAGUAAAUAUUCACUACACAAGUGAUGGGAAAACGCUUUAUAGGAUGUAUGAAAUUCCAGGAAAAGGCAGGUACACCUUCAGCUACCGGUACGUUGUAGAGGAGUUCGAUUUGAGAAGAAAUUCCUGGAGUCGUGUGCCAGGUUCACCACUGAUUGAAAAUAUCUUCCCAUCUCCUACUCGUUUCAGUAUGAUUAACGAUCGCGAUUUCAUUAUAUUUGCCUAUGAGAAAAUUAUUACAUCCAACCGCGAUGUUACGGGUAAUGAAUGGCAUUGGAGUUAUCGCGAGAUACCAAACAAAAGUGUACUCUGCAGCUGUGUUCAGUAUGAAGAUAGGCAGUUGGUAUUAAUUGGUGAUAAAUUUUACCGCUAUUACCCUUCCAACGGAAGUUUUGAAUUCAAGGAAAGUAUUCCGGAAGCUUCAUCGUGUGAUAGUCGUAUUGUGGCGAUUGAUAAACACAGUUCCGAAUUACCCAUAAGGAGCUCUAGACCCUAGUCUUGGCGAAAAAUUUUUCAAAUCGCAAAGCGGUGCGAAAAAUUUUAAAAAUGACAAUUGCAUUAAACGCUUUUUGAUACCGUGAGGUUCAAAAUUCUAGUUUUAAAUGACAAAUUUUGAAACAGUUUGAAAAAUUGUACAUAUGGUAAUGUACCAAUGUACGUAAUUACCAUGUAUUCUUCCAAAAAAUUACAAAUUUGUAAUUAUUCAAUUCAAAGCUAAAAAUAAACUUUUGAUUGAAGCAGUGGUGUGGCCAAGGGAUCGAAGGGGCCCAUUGCUUCUUCUUGCGAGCGAAAAUUUAAAAUGAAACAUGCAAAAAACGGCGACGCUUUUUUUCGUUUUUUGGACUCAUGUUUCCAAAACAUUACCUUCAUGUUUAUAAAAUAAUCACACAUCAACAAGGGUUUUUAGAAUUUCAUACCUAAAAAUCUGGUUUUGCCCCCUCCUUGAGAAAAUUAUAACUACUCCACUAGAGUACCUAAAGCGGAAAACUUUGGAUUAUUAUGAU